AUGGCUGAUGCUGAUAUGAACAAUGAACUUACACCCUUUUCAAGGGAUUUCAUCUGGGCCGAUGCCUGUCGGAAAGAAAGAAUGUAUGUCCAGAAUUAUGACGGCAAAUUUGGAUUCCUGAAAGGUCCACUAAAAAAGUUUGCACAGGAUGAACUGGACAAUCUAGUUGAUAAAAACCGACCAAAAGUUGAGGACAUACUGCCACCAAAAAAGAAAGCUGCUGAGCCUAAGGACGCCAUAAAGGUGCUUCCAUCGCCAAUGCCCUUUCCUCUAACUUCGACAGGUCAAAUUGGAUGGCGUGCAAAAAAUGAGUACGUUUUAGACAGAUAUGGCCGAUAUUGCAAAGAAAAGUUGUCGAUCCAGCAACAGCUAAAGUGGCCUGAUGAAGCAUUGCCAUAG